AUUUUUUUAUUUAAUUCUAAUAAAAUAUUUUUUUUAUUUAUUUUAUUUUUUAGUACAUUUAUCUCUAUUUCAUCUAAUACAUGAUUUGGUUGUUGAAUUGGAUUAGAAAUUAAUCUUCUAAGAUUUAUCCCCCUCAUUUCUAACUCAAAUAAUUUAUUAGCAUCAGAAGCUUCAUUAAAAUAUUUUCUAACUCAAACUAUUGCUUCUAUUAAUUUUUUAUUUACAAUUUUAAUAAUAUUAAUUUUAAUAAAAAAUUUUGAAAUAAAUAAUUUUAUUCUAAUUAUAAUAAAUUCUUCUAUAUUAAUAAAAAUAGGAAGAACUCCCUUUCAUUUUUGAUUCCCCAAUAUUAUUGAAGGAUUAUCAUGAUUUAAUAGAUUUAUUUUAAUAACUUGACAAAAAAUUACCCCUAUAAUUAUUCUUUCUUAUUGUUUCAAUAAAAAUUUUAUUAUUAUUAUUAUUAUUUUCAAUAUUAUUAUUGGAGCAAUUGGAGGAUUAAAUCAAACUUCUUUACGUAAAUUAAUAGCUUUCUCUUCAAUUAAUAAUUUAGGAUGAAUAGUAAGUGCAAUUAUAAUUAGUCAAACUUUAUGAAUAUUUUAUUUUUUUUUAUAUUCUUUUAUAAUUACAAUUAUAUGUUUUUUAUUUCAUAUAUUAAAUAUAUAUUUUAUUAACCAAUUAUUUAUUAACAAUAUAAAUUUUUUAAUUAAAAUUAAUUUACUAAUUAAUUUUCUUUCUCUUGGUGGAUUACCACCAUUUAUUGGAUUUUUUCCUAAAUGAAUUAUUAUUAAUUUUUUAAUUAAUAAUAAUAUAUAUUUAUUAACUUUAUUAUUUAUAAUAAUAAGAUUAAUUAUAUUAUUUUAUUAUAUUCGAAUUACUUAUUCUGCUUUUAUAUUUAACUAUUUAAAAAUAAAAUGAUUUAAAAUUUUUAUUAAAAAUAAUUAUUUUAUAAUAAUUAAUUUUUUAUCUUUUAUUUCUGUAAUAGGAAUAAUUUUAAGAACAUUUUUUUUUUAUUAA